GUGAAACAUUCACUUUUUACAGCCUAAUUGAUCCCACCAAUCGGCUGAUUUGAAUCGGAUUACCAAUGCCUCUUUUAUUACGUCCCAUUGCACGGGCCAGAGUUGGGCUCCGAUUCAUCCCCUUCAGCAAACCAACGAGUAGCCAGCUUAGACAUUUCCAUGUCACCCUUCCACAGCUCAUGAACCCAUUGCUCCCAUUCGAAAGCAUUAUAGACGAAUUAAACAACCAGGACUUGGAGGAGGACAACAAAAAAUUGAAACAAAAGAACAAAAAGUUCGAAAUCGAGUAUGCUGCCACCCAGAGAAGCGUUGGCAUGACCAUCACCAAGCCACCGAGUGUGUCUGGAGGCGGCAGUGGAAGCGGUAAUGGCGACGGUAAGGGCUCCGGCAGCAAAGAUGAUCCAAACCACGAAAUGAGUGAAAAAAAGAAGAAGAGCGAGGAGAGAAAGAAAAAGUGGGCUGAUAGACUCAAGAGGUUGAACUCAUUUUUCUUCAAGUGUUUGGAGACGGCUGGGAUCACCCUUUCAUCGGUGGUUAUUCUUGGCUUGGCAGGGUUUACGUACCAUAGGGUUUACUACACGCAUGUUUUGGAUAAGAUCGAUUCGGCGUUCGACGUUGGUGACCCGGCGUUCGAGCUAACCAUGCACAAGCGCUCCAAUUCCAACGGUGAAAAUUGGAUUGACCGGCCGCAGCAAAAGUUGCUUGAUGACAUUGUGAACGGCAAAAUCACCGGUAGAUACUUUCUCUUGAUUGGUGAAAAGGGAACCGGUAAGACCUCGAUUCUCUUGGAGUCGAUGCGCAAGGUUAAGGGGUGCAACUGUACCUUCAUCGACGCGCACUCCGACCCAGAGAUCUUGAGAAUCAGACUCGGGAGAGCCAUCAAGUUCGAGUACCACGAAGAUUACAUUGGGAGUUUGUUCUCCAUCAAAGGCCCCAGAGACACCACUGCCUUGCUAGACAUCGAAAGGGCGUUCAACAAGAUGGAGGAAGUGGCUGUAGAACGUGUUAAGCGCACUAAGAAGCCAAUGGUAGUGGUUAUCAACAAUGCCCACUUGAUCAAGGCUGACGAGGAAGGCGACAAAAUUGUGGAGUUGUUACAACAUAAGGCUGAAUCGCUCAGCGGUUCAGGCUUAGUGACCAUCAUCUUCAACUCCGAUGAUUACUGGUUAUAUGAAAGAUUGAAGCAGAAGGGUACCCGCUUGGACGUUAUCAAUGUGCGUGACCUUAGUCGUGCCGAGUCGAUCGAGGCUUUGCAAAUCAGCCGUGACCGCCACUACACUAACGACAAGCUUGAUGCCGAGUUGGCAAACAAAGUGUACGACAUGAUCGGUGGGAGACCGCAGCAUUUGGCUCAGGUGGCCAGAAGAAGCGAUAUCUUGAAUGCCUGCAACGAAAUUAUUGACAGAGAAAAAACUUGGGUGUUAAACCAGUGCGGACUUUUGGGCAUGGAUAUGGAUGACGACGUGAUGGAAAGCGGUAAGUUUAGCACCAGUGCAAUGUUGCUCGUAAAGGCUCUUGUUGAACUCGACAAGGAAAGAGUCAUCACGGUGAGCAAGAACCAGGAUGGGCCAGAUGAAACGUUUAUCGAACACAAGUUGCCGGAAUUGCCAUUGUGGAGAGCCAGACAGAUUAUGACGCGUGGCGAUUACAUCCAACACUAUGACAACCUUAACAUCUUUACGAUCGAUUCGCACUCCCAGGUCAAAGCUGAUAGUGUGCCCAUGAUGAGGGCUUUUCACGAGAUUGCGACCCAGCCAGGGUUUGAUAAGUUGCUUGAGGAAACAUGCCAAAGAGUUUCUGACAUUGAGUCUUUGGGACGUACCAGGGAGAUUGUCGCCAAGGAUUUGAUCUUGGGAGGAAACUACAAGGUGAAGGCCGGUAGGGAUAAUAACCCGAAAUUUUCCUACGAGAUUUCCAUGGAGGAUUAUUCCGGCGAUGGCGACAAUGACGAUAUCAUGAUGGAGGAUCUCGGCAAGAAAAGAGAGGUAUGGCAGACUAGACUAAACGCCUUGAACAAUUGGUAUGUCGCACCUGCUAAUGUCGAGCCUGAUAUUCUUGAUAUUGAUAGGGAUAAUGACCCAGCUGAUGAUUCUAACCGGGAACCGGAAGCGCCAGCAGCCUAGGAAGAAUAACACAAUUGAAUUUCAGGUAUUUGUAUUCAUAGGUGAUGGACAUUAUAUUCUGCCUUCGCCUAUUAUGUAACGUUUUGAUACUAGAUUAUAUAUAAUGUAAAAGAACCAAUAUGGGGUAUGCAUUGC